UAUAAAAACCCUUCUUCUUUAUUCAUUCCCCUCCCCUGUCUUCUUUACUUCAUUUUCACUGUUAUUUUCGGCCAAAAACUCAAAAAUCUUCAGUUGCCGGAGCUAGAAACAGAGGAGAAAAGCUUUUUCAUUUUCUUCACUGAAUUUAUUUGUAUCCAAAAGGGCAAUGUCAGUUUGCAAAGAUCAAGAUCCACGUAUCCAUGCUAUACAGUCUACAAUUCGUGUUGUCCCUAAUUUCCCCAAACCAGGGAUAAUGUUUCAAGAUAUAACUACUCUGUUACUGGAUCCAAAAGCCUUCAAAGAUACAAUUGAUUUAUUUGUGGAACGGUACAAAGACAAAAGCAUCUCAGUUGUUGCUGGAAUAGAGGCUCGAGGAUUCAUAUUUGGUCCACCAAUUGCUUUGGCGAUAGGGGCAAAAUUUGUCCCUUUGAGAAAACCAAACAAAUUGCCAGGUAAAGUUUUCAAACAAGAGUAUGACUUGGAAUAUGGAAGUGAUUGUCUUGAGAUGCAUAUUGAAGCAGUAGAAGCUGGUGAGCGAGCUUUGGUGGUUGAUGAUCUAAUUGCUACUGGUGGCACUGUUUCUGCAGCUAUGAAUUUACUUGAGCGUGCUGGCGCAGAAGUGGUUGAAUGUGCAUGUGUGAUUGAAAUACCAGAAUUAAAGGGUAAGGAAAAGUUGAAUGGCAAGCCAUUGUAUGUGCUGGUGGAGUAUCGGUAGUAUCUGCAAACGAAUUAUGUUUAUUGUUAUAACAAACUGUACAUUAGAGGGCGCUAUUAUUGGCCAACUUGUCUGGGUUAUUUAUCUUUUCAUUCUUCAUUAUGUGUAGUGAAUUUUGAAAAAAAGGCCUCUUUGGUUUAUGUGGAGAACUCAUUCAUGAGCUGAAGUGAAGAAAAAAGGAUUGUUCAUUAGAAAUUUAUCAUCUUAUUCAA